UUCCCCACCGUCGAUUCAAUUGUUGUUUUGCAACCGUAAACCACCACUAGCAGAGACGCCAACCGAGACCCCCGUCCUUCAUCAUGAGCAACACCGACUUCCUAGGACGGGCGAUUGACACGGUCAAGAAGGCCAUCGAGCACGACAAUGAGGGCGAGUACGAAAAGGCCUAUCAGCUGUACUACUCCUCCCUGGAGCUGUUCAUGCUGGCCUUGAAAUGGGAGAAGAACCCCAAGUCCAAGGAAAUGAUUCGCGCAAAGACCGGCGAGUACAUGGAUCGCGCGGAGAAACUGAAAAACCAUCUGGCCCAGUCGGACGGGCGAAAGAAGCCGAGCGCAGUGGGCGCCAACGGUAGCGUGGCGCAAGGCAGUGGGAAGGGCGGGAAAGAGGAAGAGGACGGCGAGGAUGCCGAUUCGAAGAAACUACGAUCCGCCCUUGCGGGCGCCAUUCUGUCGGAUAAACCGAAUGUACAAUGGGAGGAUGUGGCGGGUCUCGAGAGUGCCAAGGAGGCGUUGAAGGAAGCGGUCAUUCUACCGAUCAAGUUCCCGCAUCUCUUCACGGGGAAACGACAGCCAUGGAAGGGUAUCCUGCUGUACGGACCUCCUGGUACCGGAAAGUCGUAUCUCGCCAAGGCUGUCGCAACCGAGGCCAACAGCACAUUCUUCAGUGUCAGCAGCAGUGAUUUGGUAUCCAAAUGGAUGGGUGAGAGUGAAAGACUCGUCAAGCAGCUUUUCAACAUGGCCCGAGAAAACAAGCCGGCAAUUAUCUUCAUCGAUGAAGUCGACGCCCUUUGCGGGCCUCGCGGCGAAGGAGAGUCCGAAGCGUCGCGCCGAAUCAAGACCGAGUUGCUGGUACAGAUGGAUGGUGUAGGCAAGGAUUCCAAGGGUGUGCUCAUUCUUGGCGCAACGAAUAUUCCCUGGCAGCUGGAUGCAGCCAUUCGACGUCGAUUCCAGCGAAGAGUCCAUAUCAGUCUUCCCGAUAUCAAUGCACGAAUGAAAAUGUUCAUGCUUGCAGUGGGCCAAACGCCAUGUGAAAUGUCGCAAGGCGACUACCGAACCCUGGCAGAGAUGAGUGAAGGAUACUCUGGUAGCGAUAUCAGUAUCGCGGUGCAAGAUGCGUUGAUGCAACCGAUCCGCAAGAUCCAAACAGCGACACAUUACAAGAAGGUCCUGUUUGAAGGCGCUGAAAAAUUAACACCGUGCUCGCCAGGAGAUCGCGGCGCCGUUGAGAUGUCAUGGAUGAACGUGGAGGCAGAGCAGCUGCUCGAGCCCCCUCUUGUUCUGAAGGACUUCAUCAAGGCAGUUCGUAAUUCCCGGCCAACGGUCAGCCAUGAAGAUCUCUCGAGGAACGAGGAGUGGACCAAGGAAUUUGGCAGCGAGGGUGCUUAGUCCGUCCACGGAUACGGCUGCUCCUAUGUCCCUUGGUAAAGUGAGAAUCACGAUGCAUGAUUUGUGUCAUGUGUCUGAUAUCUUCCUUUUUCUUGCCAUCCUCCGGCAGAUUCGCUGGGUUCCCACAAAGGCAUCAUAAGUGGUACUUAUACAUACGCGCUGGACCACACUUCAUGCCUUUCCUUGCACUCCUGUCUGGUUGAAUCCUUCACUACCCCUAUCCCUCCAUCUGUCUCUCUCACCCCUUUUGUCCAUUCCAUCCAUCUCAAGCUUGGUGUUAGAAGCGUUAUCCUUGUUAGGCGAGGCGAGGCGUUGCA